AGAAGGGGAAGCCGAUGGUGGCGGGUUGGUAAGAGGGCUCGCGUUUGCGCAUUGGUAAGCGAUCGCCUCUCGUUCCCUCUCUUCCUCCUUUACCUUUAGGGAUAGGAACGGUGAGGUUAGGGGGAAGGAGAAAUCAAGGUCAGGACGGGGUGGAUGGGGACAUGGCGGAAGGCCUACGGAGCCCUCAAGGAUUCUACCAAAGUUGGGCUCGCGAAGGUCAAUAGCGAAUUCAAGGAUUUGGAUAUUGCUAUCGUCAAAGCAACAAACCAUGUAGAAUGCCCCCCGAAGGAGCGACACGUGCGGACGAUUUUUGCUGCUACCUCGGUGGUUCGUCCGCGAGCCGAUGUAGCUUACUGCAUCUAUGCGCUAGGCAGAAGACUGUCCAAGACCCAUAAUUGGACGGUUGCAUUGAAAGCAUUGAUAGUUAUUCACAGGACAAUGAGGGAAGGUGAUCCUACAUUUCGAGAGGAGCUAUUAAGCUAUUCUCGUCGAGGCAGUAUUCUUCAAAUAUCCAACUUUAAGGAUGAUUCAUGUCCUUUGGGAUGA